AUGGGCGUCGACAGACUAAGAAACUGGUGGAACGGUGAGAAAACAUCGUCGGGCGGCGAGAACAGCUGGAAAAUUCCGCAAAGUGUCUAUUCUGGAGCGUCCGUAAGGCUAAAAUCGGCCCAGUUAGUGCAAAAACGCAAAUUUCAGGCAGUAGGAAGUUUUUUGAGUUCGGCGGUGAGUUCCGUCGGAAAUCUGGCAAAAUACGCCUACAAUUCUGAAAUUGUAGCUUCUGGAACAUCGGUAAACCUGAAAAUCUGUAAAAUGUUCUCAAAGUUCCAACAUUUUUCAGACAGUGAAGAGUUACGCCGGUUCCGCCGCGAAAAAUCUAUGGAGCAGUGAAAAGCCGCAAAAAACCGAGGUUUCGCGGAAAAGUGAGAAAAAAGCAGAGAAACCGGUAGAAGAACCGGCUGGAGACGGUUAUCGGGGUGCUAUUGUGGCAAUGAGCAGAAAUGCAAGUCGGUACGUGGUGCAGACGGUCGGAAGAUCUUCAAAUAUCGUAAACAUCUUCGACAAAUCCCAAAUCUCCGCACUCGGCAAUCCAAAAUGGUGGAUUCGCUUCGACAGACCGCACAGAAACGUGGAUUUCCAUCACAUUAACGUGAACAAAGCCAUCACGGGCGUCAGAGAUCCGCACAUUCCAAUCUCGGCGACCACAGCAAAAGCAGCAGGGAUUGCCGGAAAAAUGGCCGAAAAGGCCAACGAAAUCGCGCCGAUUUUGACGACAGCCGCACUUGUUUACGAAAUGUUUCGAGUGGGAAAAGAGGUGAAAAAGGACUACGAUCACGGAACGACGCGGAAUACGGUGAAGAGCGUCACGGCGACGAGUGGAGCCUACGCCAGCGGGACUCUCGGCGCUUGCGCUGGUAAGAGACUGAAGAAAAAGAGCCGAAACCCUUCACAGGAGGCGUGGCGUGAGCAAUGAUAAUGCAAAUCCAAUAGAAAGAAAUGUCCGAAAACCUUCUGCGACACUCUCCGAUCAUUGAGUUUAACUAAAAGGCAUGUAUAGCUCAACUCAAGAUGGACAGGUCGCAGAUCACGGUUCGGCAGGGAUAGGCUCACCGUAUUCAAAUGGAUAUCAUCGGUAUAGGCCAACAGAAGUUAAUCUGAACGUGAAAAAUGAUCAUGCUGUGUUGAAGCUCAACGUACCUUUUCAAUCGUUUGUAACCAGUCGAGCGCUAAUUCCUGCUAACUCACCCUUUUCCAACGAUUUUCAGAGUUCAAAAAAGUACCCGAAUACCUUCUGAGACAUCCGGUAUCGCUCAGGAUCACCAAAUGAAAUGCGUGGUGUUCCUGGGAUACGGAUGUCCCAGAUCACGGCGUCGGUUCACGUUACCUCUAAUUCGCGUAGAGCAUCGAGUAUUGUCGAGUCGAAAAAAGAUUCCGAAAACGAUUUGUGGCCGUUCAACCGGCGCGGAACCAGUACGAAACAUUGGUUCGGCGCCCGUGAAUGACCGCAGAUCACGAUUCGGCACUAACUCAACCAUUUCCAAAGGAUCCAUAGCCAUCCGUAGAGUGUUUGAACUUCCUGAAAGCAGACCAGUUAUUCUAGUUACACGCGAUAUAUAAAAUAAAAGAUCUGAACACCUUCCGAGACACAUCCUAUUAUCUGGGAACACCAAAACACUAUUUCGUGUUCCCAGGAUAGGAUGGUCUCAGAUCAUGGCGUCGGCUGGUUCUCGCCACCUUUCGUUCCAGUAUUGUCGAGUCGAAAAACAAAAGAUUCCGAAAACGAUCUCUGGUCAUUUGUACGACGCCAUACCAAUAAGACAGAUUGGCAUGGCGCACGAAAAUGACCAGAGAUCACGAUUCGGCACAAACUCAACCAUUUCGGACUUCGGAAGGAUCCAAGAAAUCCAGCGCCAUCCAUCGAAGUAGAAUUUUCUGAAAACAGACUAGUUAUUCUAGUUACAUGCAAUAAGAAAAUAAAUCAUUGAAAAAAAAGACCCGUAAACCUUCUGAACCCAUUUUUAAAGUCAUAAUCAAAUGAAAUUAUUGAUUCAAUGACCAUAAAUUGGUCGCAGAUCGCGGCUCACUUUUUCGUACAUUUCUGAGUGACCAUUUUAUGAACUCCCUAAUCAAAAUCGAAAAAUUGAAUAGGCAAUCAUAAAACGGUCACAAAGGCUUUUCUGAACAAUAACAAAAAAAUCGGCUCAAAAGUCCCAUCCGAAACGUUUCUAUGCAGUCAAAAUUAAACGUCAGCUUUAUUUUUUUAACGCAUAGAAACGUCUCGGAACACGGCUUCGGCUGCAAACUCACUUUUUCGAUCGAUAAAAACGUCCGAGAGCCUUCUGUGACUUUUUAGUGGCCCUCGACCGAAAUCGCGACAAAAAAAUCGAUCGAUUGGUACAACAAACACUAAAAAGUCACAGAAAACGGUUCGAUGGAGAAACAAAAAUGUCGAAUAGCGAAUAAAAAUAGCGAAUAAAAACAUUGAAGACAUCGGAGAUUUUCCGAGCUUUUAUACGCAGGGGGCGUGGCCUAAAACAUUCGAAAUUCGGCGCCGCGGGUAGAUCAAAAAGGCAGAUCAAAAAAAAUUGCUUCGACUCAAAAAUUCAAAUUUUGCGGGUCUAACACGGCAUUUUUUGCAGGCGCAACCAUCGGAACAUCCGUGAUUCCGGGUCUCGGCACGAUUUUCGGCGGAAUCGUCGGCGGCGUCGUCGGCGCGUAUUACGGAGGCCACGCGAGCCACGUGGCGUCGGAAAUGCUUCUGGAUCACGUCGGAUGGGACACGGUGCGGCUCGAGUGCGUCGGGUGCAAAGAAGAACUCUCAAUUUCUUCCUGGAAGUGGAGACGGCCAGGUCGCCGACAGAUGGAAACCGAGAACUGUAAGUAUACUAUUGCGGAAUACCACUCAAUCAUUUAUAUACCUUUUUUUCCAGCACUCGCGCAAACGCCCGGCUACCUGAUCAUGCUUCUGCCGGAUUCAUCUGUUGUUCUGUCCAAUCAUUUUUUCUCCUCUCUGCUCCUCUACACUCCUUUCAUUCUUCAUUUCCUCUCCCUGUGA